AUGGAGCAUUGGCGUGUUGCUCAACGGGAUCUGCUCUAGCUAGUGCUGUGCGUGUCUGUCUCUUCCUCUUGACCCCUUUCAGCCAAGGAAACCAUGUCCAUCUUGGCGUCCUCCGCGUCGCCUGUUUUGCUGUUUGCCACCGGUGCUUCCAAGGGAUUGGGAAAGGCGAUUGCCGUAUCGUUUGCCAAGGCAUUCCAAAAGAAGAAAAUUACCAAGGCACAAGCGGUCCUCAUGGCUCGAUCUUGCAUGGAUGACACGGAGAAUCUCAUGGUGCAAGAACACAAUGCUCUGCAAAUUUGUCAGCGCCGACUGGAUCUGGCCGAUUUGAACACGCUCGAGCCAAAGUUUCAGGAUAUUUGGACACAAUUUCCACCGUCCUCUGCGACUCAUGCUCUACUCAUCAACUGUGCGGGUACUACCGGAACCGUCGGGCCAACAUCCCACUUGACCUUGACCGAGAUUGAAAAAGCUACCCGACUGAAUCUGGUGUCGAAAUUGUGGGUAUCCUCUCGGUUUGCCCAAACCUACAGCCCUGUCUGUGCGACAACCACCAUUGCCAAUAUCAGCUCCAUGUGUUCCAUCAAGGCUACUCCUACCAUGGCCCUCUAUUGUGCCACCAGUGCCGGGCGAGAUAUCUUUCAUCAAGUGCUGGCCCAAGAUGACGAUAACAACAAUCUGCGAGUCCUCAAUUACGCUCCGGGGUCCUGCGACACGGAUAUGCAAUCCUUCUUGCGUACCCAUGAUUCUCUAGACUCUCAUGUGCAAGCGUACUGUCAGAGCCUCGAGACAGAUCAAAAGCUGGUGGAUCCCAACGAAACUGCAGACGAACUAGUCCGUCGUUUACUGGACCAAGAUUUCGAGAGUGGCCAACGCAUCGAAUACACGGAUGUCUCAACCUACAAGUACUAGUUAGCUAGCUAUGUAGCUGUUGACUAGCUAGCUACUAGCUGGUUUCGAGUCGACACCAACGCUAUCCGUUUGAUAUUGGCAUUCGAUUUAUUUGAUGCAAGAGCCGGUAGUUUGCCAGUUCCCACCCGAACGUUCCUGAACGAUUGAUUCGAUUCCUGUCCCGAAAUCAAUCUAUCAGACGACAACCUACCUGUACGGAACAGUACACGGAAGCAAAUGUUGCUUUCCUGCCCAACCUGGCAAGAUACACUGACAGCGCUUUGCAUGGAUUGGCAAGUGAGUCUUGCAGACCGCCCUCACUGGGCACCAUGAGUGGGUUUGGGUGUGCCUUUGUCCGCUGCAGUCGCUGCAGGCCAAUUGCAAGUUUUUGCUGUUGCACCCACCAGAGGAAUAGGGUGCAGCUACCGUAGCUACUAGCAAGACGAAGCACGACGACGACGAAAUAUUUGAAACAAUACCGGUGUGUAGAGAGCUGCUAUAAUACAGCUGUGUUACAACCAUACAUGUCGUAAUACGAGAAAAAUUGAUUUGAGUGAUUUCUAUGUAAUUCAUUAAUGUCGGAAGUUAUUGUUUGC